CCUCCCCUAGCUCAGCUGACUGGGGCGCAAGGCUCAAGAGGCCUCACUCGCGUCCGAUCCCAGGUCGCCCCGCCAAAUCUCCGGGCCCCCAAAGAUGGUGCAAAGUGAACUUCAGCUACUGCCCGGAACAGGCGGACGAGCUGAAGCUGCAAGCGGGGGAGACUGUGGAAGUGAUAAAGGAGAUUGAGGACGGAUGGUGGCUGGGGAAGAAGAAUGGGCAGCUGGGAGCCUUCCCGUCCAACUUUGUGGAGUUGCUGGACAGUGGGCCCCCAAGCCUUGGUAACCCACACAAGCCUUCGGUCAGCCUUGAUCCCCAGAGACCUCCCAAGCUGAGCAGCCUGACCUAUGACAGCCCUCCAGAUUACCUGCGGACAGUUUCCCACCCUGAGACAUACAGGGUCCUGUUUGACUACCAUCCUGAGGCCCCAGACGAGUUGGCGCUUCGGAGGGGGGACGAAGUGAAAGUACUGAGGAAGACCACAGAGGAUAAGGGCUGGUGGGAAGGAGAGUCUCAAGGCAGAAGAGGAGUCUUCCCAGAUAACUUUGUGCUCCCCCCACCCCCGAUCAAGAAGCUGGCCCCACGGAAAGUGGUAUCCCGGGAGUCAGCUCCUAUUAAGGAACUCAAAAAGAUGAUGCCGAAAACAGCCCUCCCUACUGUCAAGAAGCUGGUGACAGCCCCCACUGGGCCCAGCAAAGCCAAGCCAUCUUGGACACCCAGCGGAGAUGGUCAGAAGCGCCCGUCCCGAAACUCCAGGCCUGCUCUCACAGGCUCCAGUGGCAGCUUCCUCAGUGGGGGUCCAGGCCACCCUGGCAGAAGGCGAUCCAAAAUCCAGGCUUCCCAGCAACGCUCUGCAGCCAAUCAGGGCGAAGAGCAGAGCAGCCUCACAAAGGCCCCUCAUGUGAAUAAAACUCUGACUCUGGACAAGGCCCCUGGCCCAGAGAAGACCCUGUCUCUGAACAAGGCCCACAGCCCAGAGAAGACCCCGUCUCUGGACAAGGCCCGCAGCCCAGAGGAGACCCCAUCUCAGGAUAAGGCCCCCGGCCCAGAGGAGACCCCAUCUCUGGACAAGGCCCCCGGCCCAGAAGAGACCCCGUCUCAGGACAAGGCCCCCGGCCCAGAGGAGACCCCGUCUCAGGACAAGACCCCCGGCCCAGAGGAGACCCCAUCUCAGGACAAGGCCCCCAGCCCAGAGGAAACCUUGACUCCAGAUAAGGUCACUACUCUAGAGGAAACUCCAGCUCUGGAGGACGACACCCCCAGCCCAGACAGGGUCUUCUCUGUGCACGAAGCCCCAGCCUCAGAAGUCCCACCUGAAGAUGGAGCCCCUUAUCCAAAGAUGGCCCCUCUUGAGGACGAGGCCUCCACCCUAGGCAAGGUCUUGACCCAGGAGCAGGUGCUCUCUGAAGGGGCCUCCACCAGAGACAACACUCAGUUGUAUCACUUCUCUUCAGAGGAAGCCCUGCCAAACGCCAGGUCUCUUGAGGCCAGUGAGGCUCAGUCCCAAGAGGAGUUCCACAUGCCAGAGGCGCCCUCCCUCUGCGUGGGGAAACAUCCCCUGGAUAAAAGGGACAGCUCCCCUCUCCAGUGUGAGUCCAAGUCCAAGCCAGGGUCCAUGCCUGCCCUUGAGAAGGCCCACCCCCAGGAAGAGGCUGCCAUCCUCCUGGGGGAGGCACCUGUGAAGGAUGAGACUACCCCCAAAGAGGAGAAGGCUCCCAAAGAAGAGGUACCCCCAGAAGAGGAAGUACCCCCCAAAGAGGUAACCCCUGCUCAGAAGAAUUCACAUCCUAUCAUGCUGACUCCAGGGCCCCUAGUGACCUCCACACUCCACUCCUUGGUCCUGCAAAGUCCCACAGACAGCGAAAGUGACAGAGACGACAUAAAGAGGCUAAAGGACGAGGUGGAAGCUUUAAGGGGGUCGCUGGAGCUGAUGGGGGUGCGGCUGGAAAAGAAGCUGACCGACAUCUGGGAGGAGCUGAAGAGCGAAAGGGAGAAACGCCAGUUGCUGGAGGUUCUGGUGAAGCGGAGGACUCAGGAGUCCCGUACCCGGGACUCCAUCCACGUGCAGACGCAGACGCAGACGCAGACGCAGACGCAGACGCAGACGCACUAAGGGUGGGCCCGGGAGGGACUACAGCGGGACCUGGAGCGAGGUCUGGCUCCGGCCACCCACAUCCUUGCACAAGGGGACUUUGGGAAACGCAAGAAAGUAAACUCUGCCGUGUA